AAUUAUUUACUGUUUAGGUCUUUAGAAGGCAUCACGAAUUUCGCCAGUGUCGAAUCAAAUACAUCAGUUGCAUCAUUAAUCUUAAAUUUUGGUUAUGAUGACAUUGGAAAAACUAUUGCUAACAUUGCAGUUAAUGAUUUUGCUAAAAAUUAUCAAGGUAAUAAUUGGGGAUAUAAUGGUCCUGGUGUUAUUACCAGAGCACUCAUGAAAAUCUGCAAUACAAGAGUGAUAACUAAUAUGAACAAACAAAACUGUAAAGGAUUUAUGGUUUAUGGACAGGAAGCAUUUUGCCCAAUUCCGUGGACAGAUUGGGCACUAUAUUUCAACUCAACUACUAGUGCUAAGGUAAUGAAUGCAAUUGAGAACAGCAUGGGAAUUCAUGUAUGGAAUCUACACAGUAAACAUACACCUAUUAUAGUUGGAUCAAAACAACCCUAUGGAUUAGUCGCUCAAAAAUAUUGUCCUGAUAUUUUUUCUUCGGCCAAAGAUAUAUUUUAACUAAUUUGAAUCAUACAUUUUAUUGUUAUACAUUAGAUUAUAUUUAUAGAAUUAAUUAAUUUUAAUGUGACAAUAUAAUAAUUAUUUUAUUGAACAAAACUUCAAGGUCUCUUAAGAUACAGCUCCAAAGAAUGUUCUGUUGACUAAUGUUUCUCAAUUUAUUUCUUCGACACAAUAAAUAUCCAUAAAUCAAUGUGCACCUAUUGAAUAAUGUCUAUCAUACAGGUUACAAUCAAAAUAAAGACAAUGAUAAUAUCCAAAGAA